AGUCGAUUAUCGUCUUUACUCUAAAUUAGAUCGUAAAGUAUUAGUUUUAUGCGACUUUCCAUGUGAUUAAGAAAAUGUCCAGUGAUCAUGAAGUGAAGAGCAGAGAUCGAGAUGCCGAAAUAAGAAGAGAACAACUGGAAGAUGCAAAAAUACCAUUUUGGAAGAAGCGUAGAUAUCACGUUAUCGUUAUGAUCUUCUUUGGUUUGUUCAAUUUAAUAAAUCUUCGGAUGAAUCUCAGUGUUACGAUAGUUGCCAUGACACAGAAAGUAAAUGAGACCCUCAGUGAUGGAACUACAAUUGAGAAACAAGAUUUUGAUUGGGAUUCGAAGACACAGGGCCUCAUUCUAAGUUCCUUCUUUUAUGGCUACAUUGCAACACAGCUUUUGGGAGGAUUUUUGUCAGCUAAAUUUGGAGGCCAUUUGGUAUUUGGAAUCGGACUUGGAGUAACUUCUGUCUUGGCCUUGUUGAUACCAAUGGCUGCUAAGACCCAUCUGGGUUUAUUUCUUGCGGCAAGGAUUCUUCAGGGAAUUUUUGAAGGCGGUACCUUUCCUUCAAUUAUUGCAAUUUGGGGAGAAUGGGCACCGAUCUACGAAAGGUCCUUUAUGGCAAACAUAGCUUAUACGGGAAAUUAUCUUGGAAUCAUUGGGGCCAUGCUCCUUUCUGGUAUAGUGACUGUGGCUCUAGGUUGGGAAUAUGUCUUCUAUAUAUUUGGUGCUCUGGGAUGCUUUUGCUACAUAUGCUGGAUCAUCAUAGUUAAAGCUGAUCCCAAUACGGAUCCAUUUAUAACAGAUGCGGAAAAGAACUAUAUUUUGUCAAGUUUAGGAGAUCGAACUAAGGAUAAAAAUAUUAAACAUCCCUGGAAAGAUAUUUUGACAUCAACGGCAGUUUGGGCUGUUGCAAUAGGGAACUUUACAUCAAUGUGGGGUACCCUUACACUUCAGACUCAACUACCAACAUUUCUAAGUGAUACCCUCGAUUACAACUUGGACGUAACCGGUAUUAUAGCAGCUGCCCCAUAUAUGGUUAUUAUUUGCCUGCUUUUCGUAUCUGGAUUUCUAGCUGAUUGGUUCCAUGUCAAAGGAUAUCUGAGAACUGGCCAAGUUCGUCGAUAUUUCAACUGUUUUGCCUUUAUUAUGCAAAUGAUUUUCUUACUCCUCAUAACUUUCACAACCAGUCCAGUUGUUAUUAUUUCAUCCUUAUGUUUUGCUGUUGGAUUUGGAGCCUUUUCUUGGUCUGGAUAUGCGAUCAAUGCCUUGGACUUAGCACCAAGUCAUGCAUCGGUGAUAAAAGGUGUGGCUAGCACAGUGGGAACCCUGGCUGGUAUUAUCAGUCCGAUUGCGGCAGGGAAUAUAGUCAUGGAUAAAAGUCGAGAACAGUGGCGGAUAGUCUUUUACAUUGCAGCAGGAGUUUAUUUAGCAGGUGCUGUAUUUUGUUGGAUAUUUGUCAGAGGAAAUAUUCAGUCAUGGGCAAAAAUUGAUCUCGAUCGUUUGGCAGCUAAAAAGGCUGAAAGCGAAAAUGAAAGAAACACGAGAAAUUUAUAAUUUAGGAAUAAACAUUUUGAAAUUAA